AUGUUGUCAGCAACAAAGGCUUACAUUUGUGCAGCAUUCAUGGCAUGGGCAGGGACAACAGACACUGCUACCUCUCCAUCAUGGGUAAGCUCUAUUGCAAAGGAGAGAAAUUCAGCAGUCCAGUGGGAAAGCCUGCAAAUUCAAAUUGGCAAGUUUGUUGAUGAGUAUGUGUUGACAAAGUUUGAUAUUGAAAGAGCCUGGCAGGAGCAGCUAGAACAACAAUGCCAACAGAAAGAAAACCAAAGGAGAUCUGCUGGCAAUGAUGAUGAGAUGACUGCAAUUUCAUCCCCUGCUCAGCAACCAUACUCUUCUGGUAUGUCUAUAAACAAUACUUUAACAUACAGUACAAUGCUGUGUGUGUGAAAAUAAAGUAUUAAACUACAUUAUUUCUAUUUAAUGUCACUAUUCCGCUUAAGAUACGCAUGAAAAAGUAACACAACUAAAUAGCGCACGCAGGCAAAUAAGACAAUUACUACAAGAUGGCGUAAUAAGGGGGGGACACAGCCCUGUGGCAGGUUCUAGCGACUUCAGGUUAUGCGCACAGCAAAAAUACAAGCCUCACUUAUCACCCCACUACCGUGGGGUAGGACAAGAGUAUUGAAAGAGCCUUUCUUAUCUCCCCAGCGCCGCACGGGCUGGAUCGGACAAGAUUAAGGCGAAUGAAUAAGAUGGCAAGACACAAGCAAUGCCAAAAGCUUGGGGGAUGUCGCAACGCAGACUUAACCGCCACAGAUGCAUGAAAUGCAUCCCCCAAGCAACCCAGACAAAGUUUAAAUAAAGUCCCCUGACACACUAGCCAUUUGGGGAACAGCAGAGAGCACGACAGCUUCAGGAGUAUGGAUAUACAUUUGGUAACAGACUAACAACCAACGAUCUCGAACACAUUUAUAAAGCAGUCUGGUAAGCACGCAGCUGCCGCAGUAGACGCUGUGCCUAUGUAAAAACUAUGGCCUUUAAAACUUAUGUAUGGGAGUCCUGCGUGGCAAGUAGGGACCCGAAGUAGUUAAGUGACAAAGGGCUGCGUUAGUGCCCAACCCGACCGAAAGUAAAACAGUGACCAAACCGAGGCUGGGCAAGCAUAAAUAACGUUGUAUCAAUGAAAAAAAAAAGAAAAAAAGGCACAGUAAAGAACACAAGCUAUUAAGAGAGAUUGCCCCGUCUAAAACUGCCAGUUUGAUUGACGUAAGCCUAAGACACAGGUGCUGCGGGCAAGCCACACUUGGAGAGAAAGUCACGCAAUCGGUGCAGAGGUUAAACUGAGAAUUAAAACUACAAGCCCCAGGGACAUUAACUUGCUACAACGAGGAAUGCGAAAUAGACUAGCGUGAAUGCGGCCCAGAUCAUGGAAAAAAUAUACUGGACAACCAAUCAGCUUUCCAGGACAGAACACAAUAAUUAUUAUUACUAAGCGCAAACCUUGCUUAGGCCUGUGUGGGCUGGCACUGAUUUGAGGUGUAUCUGCCUGAUACGAAAACCCUAAAAACCCCUUGGGAAAAAAAAGGGAACGUAUUCUCCCACAAAUGCAGGUACAUAACCCCUAGAGAAAGGGGCAACCAGUGCCAGCAAAAUUCAAGUCAGAUAAUUUGUAAAUGCAGUUCAUAAAGUGCAAAGUCCAUGAUGCAUAAGGGAACAGGUGCCAAGGCAGCAACAGAAUUCUUGCAGCAAUGCAGACGGCAGGCGAACUCUGACAUCACAAUUCUUGGUGGCAAAGAGAACAAGUGACACAUCCCACAUGGCCAGUGGAGGCAGAAGGUAAGUGAGACACGGGCACCACGUCACCCAGAGGGACAAACCUAGCGGUUGGAUGCAGAGGUACAGCAGUGCAGGCAUACAAGAACAAAACAAAAAGCACAGAGUUAAACUGAGAAGGGAUCAGAAUAAGAUCACCAAAUAACCAAAAGAGGCAGGAUUUUUUUUUUGUUAAUUUAUUUCAAAUAUGAAAGGAACUGAUGAGUAAAAAGUCAGCUAUGACUGAUAACGUCUGGUGAUCGAAUUGGGUUAUCAAGGAAUGGACCACUGACAGAUGGCCACAAACACUUCCCAGCAAAGCUGGAUUGGACACGAGUGGCGCUAUAAUAAUAAUAUAAUAAGGUAAGGGGGUACUAAAACCCCUACAAUUCAGGCCAUAUCUCUUGCGAUAGCUACUCUGUAGUUAUGGCAUUCCAUUGGUAUCUGCACUUUACCCGUCCAAAACAGAUUGGGACCUACUAACGAGGUAAAAAUUUGUGUACGCGCUUGAAGUAAAGUUAGAUUUGCUAGUUGGAAUUGAAGUUAACAGUAGCUGCAAACAUCAUUAUGCAAGUUGUAUAUGUGAGCAGGAAUAUGAUUGUGCUAAUAUUGCCAUGUAGAUAACAGCUUAAUAGUCAUACCCCCAGGGAAAUAUAAUAAGUACAGAAGCCAUUUAAGUGAGAGAAAAAAGGCGGCAUGGCAUGCUCUGUAUGGUUACACCAGCAGAAAUAACUACAGAGCUUCUUUGUUAGGGUAUGCUAACUAAGAUAAG